CGCGAGAUUAUGUAGUUCACCAACUAUUAUAUAUAUAUCAUAUCUAUCUACCCAAUACACCACUUCUAGCUUUGAAAUUCCUUUGAACCGUUCAAAUAGUCAAAGCCAGUGUUUAAUCAUAUUGUCGAUGCACAGUCCUACUCUCUAGCCAGCAUUUACUAUCGAAAUGCAGUCUGUACGAAGCAAACAUGCAAUAUUAUUCAUAUAUUAUUGCUUACCCCUCACGACUAUAGUUCUGAUCGUUUCUUAUCUCUGCCUUUCUAUGCAACCAUCUCUAAAUUUUCCUUCCAGACACCCACGCCCGGUCCAGAGGGACGCUGCGUGCAAUGCCGAGGGUAAUGCAGACCUUUACGGAAUUGGUGUCCGGAUUGGAUUUUACACGCAGUCGAUAGGUUCAUUUAUCAGUCUCACUCUAAAGCGCGAGAGUAACCUUAUGAAUACUUAUUGGUUGCAUCUCGCACUUCUUGUAGUAAUAGUUUACAACUCUAUUCGCCUCACCACAACCCCGGGGCAGGUCAUGAUUUCGAUAAACCUUCUUAGUAUACUGUUUUGGUUUGAGCAAUAUAUUUUAGUUGGGGUCGACUUUGAUACUGUACAAUCGCCCGAUGAUUUGCCCCAGAUGACAUUCAAGUUGGCAGCUUCAACUUUUCUAUUCUUAUGUAUGUCUUGCCAUGCGAUCUGGUUCUGGUGGCGUGGACUCGAUAUUCUCCCUCGUGGUGAAUGUGGUGAUAAGGCUUUCUUCUUUUACCGAGUUGACUUGCACGGCUGGUUUCGAACCCUUGGAAAAUGUUUUAGUAUACUGGGAUUGGCUAAGGCCGGCUUGGAUAUAGUAUCAAUAGUUCGAUUUCACAUUCGCCAAACACGGGAAACAGAAACAGACAGGCACAGCAGUAAAGAUCGAAUCUUAACGCCAGGGUUCAUGCAGGUUUUAGCAAGAUAUGGUACAUCUUCUUUCGCUAAAAUUCUACUUUUCAUCAUGCUAUCUAGCUUCAGCAUUAUUACCAUUGAACUUGGCAUCAUAUGGAAUAAAUUGCAAUCGGUUAAUACUAUCGAAACCCUUUCUUCACUGGGUCAACUGGUCCCUUUAAUCAUAGGAUUGGGUACAUUCGCGGAAGCACUAUGUAAUUUAAUACAACAUUACAAAACAAAACCGCGAGAAAACAGUACGAGAGACGGGACGCGGACUCGCAGAUCAGGAAUCCUUGCAUGAUGCUCUAGAACCACACAUUCCUGAUGAGCAUCAAUAACCUAAAGGAUAAUCUCUUUUACCGUAGUUAUUGUACAAGGUGUUACACAAGUUAAAUUCAGGGGAAAGGGGUCGGUGAAGGUAUACAUCGGUACGUCCAUAUCACCUACUUAUAGGAUUCCAGAUAAAUCAUUCUAAGAGAAGGAUAUUUUCAAUUUUCAAUAUGCAUAUCUGAAGCCAUUAUAAUUGAG